AUGUGUACGAUGGACGACCAUACUUCAGAGCUCCUCGACAUCAGCCAGUUCGACACGCAGGGCUUCUGUCCAGGAUAUCCCUUGCGCAGGCACCGAUACGAGAGCCUGGCGAACUCUGGAUGUUACGAAGCCAGGCAGGACUGGAUACACUAUGUCGGACCGGCCGAGGAAUUUGGGAGCUGCGAUCCGACCAACGGCAACUUCACAGCGCUGGUCUUACCACUGACUAAACCGGAGAGACUGCACCUCGUUGCGUACAUUAUCGAGUGCGAGUUCAUUAGAGUCCUUUAUCCGUAUGCCUUCCUACAUGAUAAUGUCGUCGAAGCAGUGAUGCCGGACUCGUCUACGAAUAACGGGGACGACUUCCACCUUGGAGAAGCCGAGAAACGGCAACGCAAUGUCCGAAUGGGGCGAAAGCAGAUCCAAGCCAAGAUGAUGUAUCAACUCGCCCGUACGGACAAACGAUGCGCGGAACGAGUGAAACGGGUUUGGAAGACCAUGCUGUCAACGACCUUGAAGCACAAAUCCGACUCCUUUGCAUCGCUCGAGGAAUACCUGAAUUAUAGAAUUAUCGAUACUGGAGGCUAUUGGGUCGAGUCAGUCAUGCUCUUUGGAAUGGGCAUGACUCUGACCGAGGAAGAGGACGCCCAGCUCGCCGAGGUAGUCCGGCCAUGCUACGCCUCCCUGGCAUUAGCAAACGACUACUUUUCCUUUGACCGCGAAUGGGAAGAGGCUCAGAACGGCGGCCCACCUCCUACCAAUGCCGUGUGGCUGUACAUGCGGUGGAACGGCAUCCCUAUGCCGGCGGCUAAGAAACUCGUGAGGGAAGCAUCCAACCGUUACGAGGCAAGAUUCCUCGAGCUCUGCGACUCGUUCAGGCGCAACAACCCCCUCUACUCGGAGAAGCUGGAUAAAUACCUGCGGGGCCUGGCUUACCAAAUCAGCGGUAAUGUGGUCUGGAGCUUGACCUGCCCAAGAUACCACCCAGAGUUUCGCUAUGAUCCGAAUGCUGGGAUGGAGGAUUUACUCACAGCCCAGGCGAGGGGUGAUGGAGGCGCUGUGUCGGGCGGGGAAGCUGAUUACACCGCGGAGCAUCGCCAGUCCAUCAUCUCACUGGAGUCCCAGCACACGGCGUCCUCGACACGCUACUCGGCAUCAGAUUGGCAGUCUUCGAGAUCCUCAUCUUUCUCUGAAAUUUCGGUGGAUGGAGAGGAUGGAGAGACACAUGCAGUCAAACUGCCAGCUGAGCAAGGGUUGGAUACCAAGCAUGUUGCCGCCCCAUUUGACUAUGUCGCCUCACUACCUUCAAAAGGAGUAAGGACAACACUCAUAGAUGCCCUCAAUCUCUGGUGUGACCUCCCUGAUACCACGCUCGCCGGCAUAAAGGAGGUCGUCGACAAGCUGCAUACAGCGUCAUUAAUGUUCGACGACAUCGAAGAUGGCUCAGAGCUCCGUCGUGGCAACCCUGCUGCCCACGCAGUCUAUGGUGUGCCCCAGACCAUCAACGCUGCAAGCUUUGCUAUUGUGGAUGCCGUAAGCAAGGCUCAGGAUAUACCAGUGACCGGAGCUGUGGACAUUGUUCUAGAGCAACUCCGGGACCUCCACAUCGGCCAGAGCUACGAUAUCCACUGGACUCGGCAUUCAUCAUGCCCGUCGGAGACAGAGUAUCUGGAGAUGGUUGCAAAGAAAACCGGUGGAUUGUUUAAACUUAUCUCGCGCCUGAUGACGACAGGGCUUCCUGACAUCACAAAAUCAACGAUAGAUGAUCUUGUCACCCAGCUUGGCAUCUAUUUCCAAAUCCGAGACGACUUUAAGAACCUCAACUCAGACGAAUACGCGAGUCAAAAGGGAUUCUGCGAAGACCUCGACGAAGGAAAGUUCUCCUUCCCGCUUGUCCACUAUCUGACAAAGGGACAAGAAUCUCCUCCAUUCAUGCUGCGAGAAAUCAUGCAGCAAAGACGAGAGAGCAAAGGCUUGAAUGUACCGUCAAAGAUGCUCGCUCUCCAGCAGUUGAAGAAAUCGGGAAGCCUCGAGUACACGCACAGGACACUGAAACGGCUGGAAGUCCAAAUCAAUCAAAUCAUUGGGCGCCUUGAGAGGAUCACAGGGAAAGAUAACUGGGUUUUGAGGUUAUGCAUGGGGGAACUGACAGUUUAG